AUGAGUCAAGAGAAGCCACGGAGGCCCGAGCAAGAACCGAUCAAAUACGGCGACGUGUUCAACUUGUCUGGCGAGAUAUCAUCACAACCGAUUGCACCAAGAGAUGCUGCAGCCAUGCAAUCAGCGGAGGACAAAAUAUUGGGACAAACUCGAAAAGAUGGUGCUGCUUCUCUCAUGACUUCUGCGGCGCAGAAGAACGAGGAUGCUGGUCUCAUCGGCCAUAACACUGCUACAAACAUUGGUAGAAACGAAGGCGUUGCUGUUUCAGAAACUUGUGAUUCGGGAAAACGCGUCAUCACUGAGACCCUUGGUGGACAGGUUUUGGGGAAGUUUGCGGAAGAUACAAAUGGUGCAAAAGAGACUCCCUUUGAAGACGAAGGUGAUCCUAAUCCUCUCUCAGAUCAAGCUCCUAAAGUUGAAGCAACAAUGGACAGGGAUUUCAUAAGUAACCAAGGUGGUGGUGUUAUGAAUCCUCGGUUGCAUGGGAACCCAGACGAGAAUGAGAAUGCAUGGUCCAAUGAUUCAAUGGACAAGGGUGUAUGGAAUGAAAAUCCUGAGAUUAUAAAUAGUGUACCUGGUGGCAUGGGUGCAUCCAUGGCGACUGCAACUGCAACUGCGGACCGACUUAAGAAAAACAAGUGA